AUGAAGAUAAUUUGCAGCUGUGGAGAUCCUUGGAUUGUGGAUGACUCUUCAUUGAAGGAAGUAUGUGUUCUUGGCCGAGGAAGCUACGGCUCUGUAACUCUCGUGGGGGAUUCUCAAUCACGAGCCUACGCGAAGAAGACAUCUUCGAUGGAUGAUUUGACGACUCUUCAAAAGGAACUAGACAUCAUCCUUCGCUUCCGCAACCAUCCUUGCAUCGUGCAAGCUAAAAGCCCUGUUGUUCACUUCGAGAACAGCAAAACAAGACCAAGCGAGAGAGUUUGUUACAUCUAUAUGGAAUACGCCAACAAACAAACUCUCGAGAAGAUGAUCUACAAGUUUAGUAGAAGAUCACUACCUGGAUACAUGAUCCAACGAGUUGCUCUUAUGAUCCUAAAAGGACUCGAGGCACUUCACGCAAAAGGAUACGUUCACUGUGACCUAAAACCAGGUAAUAUACUUCUCUUCCACUCCACCACUCAUGGAGAGCCGUUCGAUGUCAAGCUUUCGGAUUUCGGUUUAUCAAAAGUACCUAACUCCGGUUAUUCCCCUCCACGUGGCUCCAUGUUUCCCGGUACGCCUCUUUACAUGCCACCGGAGUCUCUUGGACUGAACGGAGUAGUCGACCCGGUUCUUGAUAUAUGGUCUCUAGGGUGUGUAGUGAGUGAGAUGUUUGGAGGUGAACCGGAGGAGAUGGGAGAUUCUUUCAUGUGGAAGCUGUCUGGUCAAGGUGUCUCUACGGUGGCUAAAGACUUUUUGAGGCGGUGUCAUGCAUUGCAUCCGUUACAUAGAGCCACUGCGGUUGAGCUCUUGAAACAUCCUUUCAUUACACAAAAACUCUCUGUACCAACAGUACCAUUGCCAAUUGAAAGACAACAAAAAGAAGAUUGGCCAAUGAUUCCAAGACUUCCAGGUUCGAUCUGGUGA